AUGAGUGAUCCUCACACUGCAGAUCCUCUUCAGGUGCCAGAUAUUGAGAUAACAGAAAACUACUCUUCUACUUCCCACCUCAGUUCCAGUGUUGAACGACUGGUUGAAGUCACUCGUCGUCUCACUGUCUGUAACCAACUCGAAUCCGCCUUGGAAUCUCACGAUAAUGUUUCCACAUCUGAUCAAUGCGUUUGCCAACACAAAGUUUCUCCAACAGAUGUGACUUCGGAAUUAGUUGCAGAUAAAGAGCCUAAACCUAUCUCUGACACUGGCUCGAGUUCCACAAUUUUCGGUUCAAGUAAUUUCACCAUUCCGGAUAGUACAACACGACAGUCACCCCAAAGCAACACAAAGAAAUGGGCUCGUUUGCUUGGCAUAUCCCCUGAGGAUAUUGGAGAUGAAGAGGAGUUUAUCAGAGCUGCUACCGCUCUUACAGCCCAGGAUCCAAUACGCCAGGCCAAUACAAUGAGUGCAGUGGAGCAGAGAGUACUCCGAAAAAGCUGGAAUGCUGCUCUUGAUGCUGCACACUUUGGAAGCUUGGAAUCUAUGGAGGCUUCUUGUGGGCAUUCUCUUCGACGAAGUUCAAGUUGGAAAGAUAAAAUGUAA